GGUCCAAUCAAAUGGGUGAAUCCAGUUUGCGCGUUCUUGCUGAGCGCGGGGAGGACAGACGCGGGUUGUAGCGCUCUCGUGUUACCGUCACAUCCACAAUAUCAGGAAAAUCCUACAUUUCUACAAAAAUGUCAGAAGAGAAACCUAAGGAGGGCGUGAAGACCGAAAAUGACCACAUCAAUUUGAAAGUGGCAGGUCAGGAUGGAUCUGUGGUCCAGUUCAAAAUCAAAAGGCACACCCCCCUCAGCAAACUGAUGAAGGCAUACUGCGAAAGACAGGGUUUAUCCAUAAGGCAAAUACGAUUCAGGUUUGAUGGUCAGCCAAUCAAUGAGACCGACACACCUGCACAGCUGGAAAUGGAAGAUGAAGACACUAUUGAUGUAUUCCAGCAGCAGACGGGAGGAACGUGCUAAAGAUGGAGCACAUGUGGAUGAUGGUUUUUUGUGUGUGCUCCUCUUCACUUCCACUGCAGUUCAGGGCUGAAAUGGAAAAGGUUUUGGAAAUCUAAUGUUUAAGUUAAUAGGUUUUUUUUCUCUCUCUCUCUCUUUUUUUAAUCACCCAAAAACCUAAUUUCCAUUUUUGCAAUGUUCUCCCUGAACCGAAUUGGAAAUGAGUUUCUAAUGUUAUUCCUCCCCCACCUUUAGAGUUUAUUGUAUGCCUAUUAUAUAAAUUUUUUUGUAUUAUGUACGUAUGUUGCACCUCCCCCAUCUAUUUUUUAUAUACAAGGAGGGAAGUUUUGUGAAAGGAUGUUUGUGACUAAUUUGUAUGUCUCAGAUUUUCUUUAAUCGCAGUAAACUACUCUAAGGCUCCCUUUUUAUGGACAAUUUCAAAUGUCGACAUUGCAGCAUUGUGUUUCUGACACCUCAGGUUUGAUAAAGCUAGAUUGUGGAUCGUAUUCCAGUAGACAUCUUUUAAUUUUAAAAGCUUUGAGUAUGUCUUUAAUAGUUUGCUGUCUGCUAAGUUUGGAUUUCAUGAUAUACAAAUGAAGUGUUCCCCUUGUUUUUAUUGUCAUACUUUUUGCCCUUUACAAAUACAUCAUAUUGUAACAUCCCUCUCAUUUAGCCUUUCUGGCAUAUCAAAAGUAUUAAACACUAUCCUGGUGAAAUAGCAGCUCCACAGUCAACUCAACAUGUGUGAGAAUUGUAAUGGGAAUGGCAGUGGUGUUCGGGAGAGCAGAGGAUCCUGUGUUGGCCAUUUACUACUGUAUAUAAUAAAUCUAGUUUGAUACUGA